UCGAGUAGGCAACGACCCAAGUACCAGCUCUAAUUCGCACGGAAUUUGUUUGUCAUUCAAGAAAAAUUGUAAUUCACCGCAUUUUCAUCCUAAAACCGCUGGCGAAUAUGUAUCAGCCAUCACUGAAAGUCCAGCCCGCCGAGGUGUCCGUGCUGAACGCCACCGGCCGUGUGGGAAUGCCCACGGAGGCCAACUGCCUGAACCAACUGGCCCACGUCCACCGGCUGCGCGACUCCGAGCUGAACUACAACGAGCAUCAGUACAACCUGAACAUGCAGAUGCUGCGCAACCACGAGGGCCUCGGCGUGCCCCUCAAGAUGGGCAUGGAGCGCUUUGCCGCACGCCAGGUGGGCCGUCUGCCCUUCCUUCCGUCCAGCAACUUCAUGGACGAUGUCCUGACUGGCCGCUGUGAUUCCAUUGGCUUUGAGGACUUCAUGAACUUGCCCGAGUACAGCGAGCAAAUGCGUCAGCCCCACGCUGUGGUGGAGAAAUCUCUGGGAAUUUACCAAUAAGUCCCUGCAAAUAAAGUUGCUAAAUGCCUGGCAUUCGGCCUUUACACUCUAAGACACUCUUAAGUUCAGCAAAUAAAAUAUAUUUUGGUGCGACCAGCUAGGGGUACACAAAAUUCACCAUUUCUUUGAGCCAAA